AUCCCACAUAAAAGAAAUUAACUAAAAAGUACCCAUAAAAGCCCACAAAAAGAACAGAAAAUGUUGUUUUUCAAAGGAAAAAUCAAUAUACUUUUACUAAUAUUCUCAUUAUUAGUACUGUUUGCAAGUCUUUCUUUAGGAAGAUUUGCAGAAGACCAAGAGCUUCAACAAUGCCAACAUCAAUGCAAACAACAAAGACAAUUCGAUAGCAAAGAUAGGCAUGAGUGUGAGAGGGCUUGUGAGAGGUAUAUAAAAGAGAAGGAGAGGAGAGAGAAAGAGCAUGAUCAAGAGAGAGAAAGGAGAUCAAGGGAUGAGAUUGUAGGAAGGAGGGAAGAGGAAGAGGAAGAGGAGGAGGAACAAGUGGGGGGAGAAAGUGGGGCCCCUUAUGUUUUUGAUGAACAACAUUUUGAAACCAAGUUUAGGGAACAAGAAGGGUAUGUAAGAGUUCUAAAGAGGUUUAGUAAAAGAUCAAGGCUUUUGGAAGGGAUUGAGAAUUAUAGGGUGUUGAUCUUUGCGGCUAAUCCUCAAACUUUUGUUGUUCCUAAUCAUUGGGAUGCUGACGUUGUCCUCUUUGUUGCUCAGGGAGAAGGAACAGUGAGUUUAGUGUACACAGACAGAAGAGAGAGUUUCAAUGUUGAGCGUGGGCAUGUGAUGGUCAUACCAGCUGGUGUGACUGCCUACUUGGUCAACAGAGGAAACAAUGAAAAACUUGUCAUUGUUAAGCUUCUCAAUCCGGUUUCUAACCCUACUGGCAAAUUUGAGACAUUCUUUGGAGCAGGAGGUCAAAACCCACAAUCAUUUUUGAAUGCUUUCAGCACUGAAAUACUUGAAGCAGCCUAUAAGACAUCAGGUGACAGGCUAAAGAGAAUUUUCUCACAGCAGAGUGAGGGAGCUAUAAUAAGGGCAUCUGAAGAACAAAUCAGUGCUUUAACACAUGAAAAAAGCAGCCACUGGCCUUUUGGAGGGAAGAGUUUAAGGGAUUCAGGUCCUAUCCAGCUCUUUAGGAAGGAUCCUAAAGAGUCUAAUGCUUUUGGAACACUCUUCGAAACCGAUUUCGAUGACCGUAGACUCGGACAACAGCUCCAAAACCUCGACAUUGCGGUCGCCUUUGCCAACAUCACACAGGGAUCAAUGCACACUCCAUAUUACAACUCAAGGGCUACAAAGAUAGCAGUGGUGACUAGUGGAAGAGGCCGCUUUCAGAUGGCUUGUCCACAUGUAUCAAAGUCCGGUCACAGUCGUCGUCAUGAGCAACACCAACACCAUCAAUACCACGAUGGUAAAACAUGGAGAGGCGACGAGUCCACAACUCCAGUCCACUAUGAAAGGAUCACUGCGGAGUUGAGGGAGGGUACAGUGUUUGUUGUUCCUCCUGGCCAUCCUUUUGUCACACUAGCUUCCGAAGAUCAGAAUUUAGAGGUUGUGUGCUUUGAGAUCAAUGCUGAAAAAAACCAUAAAUUCGCUCUUGCAGGGCAAAGGAAUAUAUUCAAGAACUUCAAAAGAGAAGCAAAGGAAUUAGCUUUUGCAAGCUCAGCAGAAGAGGUAGAAAGGGUGUUUGAGAGCCAAGAUGAGGAGUUCUUCUUCCCUGGACCGAGGCAGCGCGGUGGUCGUCGAGGUUAUUACUCGAUCAUUUAAAAGGACACUAAGAAGACGAUCGAUAGCUCGCACGGGCUGAUACUACUGUCUAAGACUAACUGUUUGGUUAUGUAGUAGUACAAAAUGCAAUGUUUACUUAAUGUGUAGUCUUUUUGUAGUAAAAAUGUUGCUCCCAAGUGCAAUAGUUUCGAGUACUUGAACAAAUUUUGUAAUAUAAAUAAGUAGAUAUAAGGAGCUGAGUGGGUAAUAAAAAUGUGUAGUCGUUUUGAAUCUGAUUUGACUUGUCUUGAA